AUGAAUAAGAGCUAUACCUCUGACUUUGAGGAAUAGAAACAAAAUUAAAAUUUCUCGAAUAGAUAAGAUAAAGACAACACAUCCAUUAAGGAAGUAAUCAUCAUGAAUAAAAAUAAGAGAAACAUUGAUUCUCUCAGGGAUGAAUCAGAGAAAAGUCCUUUGAUACUAUAAAUUGAUAGCAAUUUUAAACAAUCUGAUUUUCAAACUAAGCUCUAAUUAAGCACACAAAAUGAUCAUACAAGCGAAUAACUACAAAGAUCCUCAAUGGGAAAUAACAAAACAUGGUUCAAUGAUUCAGAUCAAUUUAAGAUAAAGUCUCAAUAAACAUUAAAUUCAAUGGAUAAGAAAGAUGAAUUCAAAAGUAGAUACCUUUGCUGCUGUUGA